GUCAUCACGCCGCGCGGCUGCCGAGCCUGGAGCCUGGAGUACCACAGAGACUGCUCCGCAGCGGCUGGUCCGGGCGGCGGCGGCGGCGCUCCGGCUGCUCACCCGCCUGUGAGCCCCGUGUCCAGCCCAUCGGCUCGGGCGGACACAGAGCCCAGUGCUUGAUGGGUGGCAUUAUGGCCCCUAAAGACAUAAUGACAAACACUCACGCCAAGUCCAUCCUCAACUCAAUGAACUCCCUCAGGAAGAGCAGCACCCUUUGUGAUGUGACACUGAGGGUGGAGCAGAAAGACUUUCCUGCCCAUCGGAUUGUGCUGGCUGCUUGCAGUGACUAUUUCUGUGCCAUGUUCACUAGUGAGCUUUCAGAGAAGGGGAAGCCAUAUGUUGACAUUCAAGGGUUAACUGCUUCUACCAUGGAAAUCCUGUUGGACUUUGUGUACACAGAAACAGUACAUGUGACAGUGGAGAAUGUUCAAGAACUGCUUCCUGCAGCCUGUCUGCUUCAGCUGAAAGGUGUGAAACAAGCCUGCUGUGAGUUCUUAGAAAGUCAGCUGGACCCUUCUAAUUGCCUGGGUAUCAGGGAUUUCGCUGAAACUCACAAUUGCGUUGACCUGAUGCAAGCAGCUGAGGUUUUUAGCCAGAAGCAUUUUCCUGAAGUGGUACAGCAUGAAGAGUUCAUUCUGCUGAGUCAAGGCGAGGUGGAAAAGCUAAUCAAGUGCGAUGAAAUUCAGGUGGAUUCUGAAGAACCAGUCUUUGAGGCCGUCAUCAACUGGGUGAAGCAUGCCAAGAAGGAGCGAGAAGAAUCCUUGCCUGACCUCUUACAGUAUGUUCGGAUGCCCCUGCUGACCCCCAGGUACAUUACUGAUGUGAUAGAUGCUGAGCCUUUCAUCCGCUGUAGUUUACAGUGCAGGGAUCUAGUUGAUGAAGCAAAGAAAUUUCACCUGAGGCCUGAACUUCGGAGUCAGAUGCAAGGACCCAGGACAAGAGCCCGUCUAGGAGCCAAUGAGGUGCUUCUGGUGGUUGGGGGCUUCGGAAGCCAGCAAUCUCCCAUUGAUGUGGUAGAGAAAUAUGACCCCAAGACACAGGAGUGGAGCUUUUUGCCAAGCAUCACACGGAAAAGACGGUAUGUGGCCUCGGUGUCCUUGCACGAUCGGAUCUACGUAAUUGGUGGGUAUGAUGGCCGCUCCCGCCUCAGCUCAGUGGAGUGUCUAGACUACACAGCAGAUGAAGAUGGAGUCUGGUAUUCUGUGGCCCCUAUGAAUGUGCGACGAGGCCUUGCUGGAGCUACCACACUGGGAGAUAUGAUUUACGUCUCUGGAGGCUUUGAUGGAAGCAGGCGUCAUACAAGUAUGGAGCGGUAUGACCCAAACAUUGAUCAGUGGAGCAUGCUGGGAGAUAUGCAGACAGCUCGAGAGGGUGCAGGACUAGUGGUGGCCAGCGGAAUAAUCUACUGUUUAGGAGGAUAUGAUGGCUUGAAUAUAUUAAAUUCAGUUGAGAAAUAUGAUCCCCAUACAGGACACUGGACUAAUGUUACACCCAUGGCCACCAAACGUUCUGGUGCUGGAGUAGCCCUGCUGAAUGACCAUAUUUAUGUGGUGGGGGGCUUUGAUGGUACGGCCCACCUUUCUUCUGUUGAAGCUUACAACAUUCGCACUGACUCCUGGACAACUGUCACAAGUAUGACCACUCCACGAUGCUAUGUAGGAGCCACAGUACUUCGGGGAAGACUUUAUGCAAUUGCAGGAUAUGAUGGGAAUUCUCUACUGAGUAGCAUUGAGUGUUAUGACCCAAUCAUCGACAGCUGGGAAGUAGUGGCCUCCAUGGGAACCCAGCGUUGUGAUGCUGGUGUGUGUGUUCUCCGAGAAAAGUAACUUAUUUGAGCACCAGCUGGAGCUAAUGACUACUCCACGGAACAGAUUGUGGGAGAAUCAAGGAUCCUUUCCAGAAUGUUUAUCUCUCGCUGUGUGCACAGGCUGACUACAGGCACCAGUGCUGUGAUGAUUGUACUUACUUGAUACGCACUCUCCUUCGCACGGGUCAUGCUGCUCAGAAGGGUGGGUGACAGGUACUCAAGGGAAGAGAGUGCACGUGUGGAUGUGAGAAACCAGAUCAUCUCUCUCUCUGAUCUGAGGAGCACUUUCUUACAGUUUCUAACUUACAGUGUGCUGGGGAGAAUGUGUGUGUGUAUGUGUGUGUGUGUGUGUGUGUAUGUAUGUAUGUAUGUAUGAUGUUGUGCUUCAUAUAUUGCAGAGGAUUAAGGUGAGUAUGGCCUGCUAAGUGUGGGAGUGCCCAUCCUAGGUGACUGGAAGGAUAUCAACUUACAUAAACUUGGUAAAAAUGAAAGUAAUUCCCCCUGCCAGAAACAAACAUAUCUUUUCUAAAUACAAAAGUAGCUCCAGCCACUACAGUUCCUUUCUGGAGGAAACCAAGAGAUCACUGUUAAAAUUUGAGAGGGCAAGAGGAGAGAAUCAUGCUACCCUCACUUAGGGGACAUGGUUGGUAUCAAGGUCUGGAUUAAGUGGCAUGAACUGAAUGGAAUGUGAGCGAACCCAGAAGAUCACUGAGUGUAGACUGGAAGGCUGGAGAGGACAUAUUAUUUAACCCAUGGUCUUUCUUUUUUUAUUAUUAUUUUAAAAAUUUAGCAGUAUAUUUCAGAGGCAAAGUUUAAAUCAGGUUACUGUGGUCAAAGUAUUUGUUCCUGCGGUGCUAAGGACUGGAUCCACAGCCUUGCAUGUUAGGGCAGUGCUCGAUUGGGACCACACUCUGAAUCCACAUAAUGUAGUUGCUGAAAUAAAUGCAUAUUGCAGCAGACUGUAGCCCCAUAGUAGGGUCCUAAAGUCAGUUCCAGCAUUAACUAAGUCAAUCAAUAAAUAAAAUGUCAUUAGAACAUUAUACAGAUAUUUAUUAUAAACAUGGGUAAAAAGUCAAUGUAAAAUAUAAAUUUAUAUAAACUACAUUUUCUGAUUAUGCUUCAUUGCUGUAAGUAAUUAGUAAAGUGAAGAAGCUAACAUAUUUUAAAAACAAUAAACAAGCUAAUAAUGAAGUUCACCUAAGCAUAUGGACAGCUUCAGAUCUGCAUGUAGGAAACCACAGGAAUAACACAGCCCUCCUUGCUUAGGAGCACUGUUUCUGUCCUGCUAGGUUGGUCUCAGAACAGAGGGCAAGAUCUGCCUUAGGACGGCAAACGAAAGCAUCCUCCCCCAACUCAGACAGCUGUUCCCGUGAGGACACAGAAGGGUAGUGGACUUUAACUUGUCAGUCAAUUGAGAAGUCUUCUCUUGAAUGCCUCACCAGUGUGAGAAACUUUAGUAGCUCUUUAAAUGUGGACUUUUUACCAUGUUGCAUCUUUUUCAAUCUUUGUAAGCAUGGUGUAGAAGAUACAUUAUAUCUAAUUAGGCAGCCUGCUGCAGUUUUUGAAGCAGGGGUUGUAAAAUAGUUGGUUGGAUCCUUUGUUUCUGGUCUUGGCUGCUCUCACAAACGUGAAGGUUCCUCUUGACGCUGGUUCUCCGCUCCCGCAUCUCCUGGCUCUACAGUGACACUUGUGUCUCCAGUUUCUACUCCCUGGCUUUGUCUCUUGGUUUCAUGAGCCUCCUCAGUAUUUUCUCCCAAAUUAACUUUUUCUCGACUCUUCAUUGUUAGAAUAUCUGAUUGUUUGGUGCAUCUCUUCAAUAGGCUGAGCCUGCCAGAAUGGCCUUCUCAUAGAUUGAGAUAAUAUUUUCAGUAGGACUUGUGAUUGGCUCUAUACAUACAAGACAUAUCCAAUACUUAACAAGUUUCUUGGCAUCUGGAAUGUUAUGAAUCAGGUCAUUCACUAUGUCUAAAAUUUCUUCUUUUGGGCAUCCCUUCUUAUUAAUCAGGUUCAGGCAUUGAGAAAUUGUUUUGUUUACUUCUUCAGUAAAUAAUCCCUGUUCAUCAUCUUCUGCCAUGGUAGUCCAAAAGGACUCGACUGGGUUUUUGUUUUGUCCUUGUGGCUCAGACUGAUUAGCUGUUAAAUUAGGAGGCCUUUUUAGCCCUUUCCCUUUGCCAGUUCUCCACUCAGUCACCCGAGCUUUUCUCUCCUCUGUGAUUUCUCUGGGCUGAACUGAUCUAUGGACAGCUGCUGCUGCUGCUGAGUACCUGCGCUGGUCAGUAGCUUUCAACUUUUCUAUCAAUCUGAUAUUAGACAAAUUAGUCCUGGCUACAUCUUCAGAUGCUAUGCUUCUUGAUGGUGCCUUAUCUCUCUUUGUGUCCUGAGGAUGGUAUCGACAACAGAGAGAACCCAUUCUGAUCGCAGUGAGUCUUUUUCAAGGGGCCCUUUUCUGACUAUAACAUUGACAAGGGUCCUGCCAGGGCCCUGUUUCCCAGUGCCCUGGGUAUUACUGUGGAGGCUUCUAACUGGUGGUCGCACAAGGGUGUUCUUCGAUGUAGUGCUCACAGAUUUGGUGUUUACAAACUUGGUGGUAGCAGUCACAUUUGAGGCUCUCAUACUGGCAGCAUUUCCAGGAGCAGACUGAACCUUUGAGGCUUUCGACACAGUAGUGGGAAGUUUUUUGGUUGUUGCAGGACUGUCUCUUUUGACAUUCGCGAGCUUUCUAAUGAAUUAAUCUUAGACUGAACCACCUGACCAUGGCAGCAUCCAAGCACUUGUUUUUAGGCAUGUUAGCAUCCUGUUUGAGCGUCUCUGCAGUUGCUUGCACCUUUUUAUUGUCUUUAAGGUGACACGCCUGGUCUGAUGUCAUAGUCUGAGCUUGGACAGCUUGAAUAUUAUCCUUCAAAUCGUGUAUGUCUGACUGGUGACUUCAUCAGCUUUUAAUGGAAUGUAGUUCUUUUCAACUGUGUUGUCAAUAUUUUCUUUAUCGGCCAUUUUGGUUUCAAGUUUCAGAACUUUCUUCCCUUCUUGGAUGUCAUCACUUGCUGAUAUCUCUGAAGGCCGGAUGGUCUCUCUUUGUCCGGGGCAGCUGCAGGUCCCGGAACACUGGCAAGGUGUUCCUCCCAGGCCGGCCUGGGAAGUGUUUCCUGGACUCUGCCAUCUCGUAAUGCACGUGCCUCGAAGUGAAUCCCCAUGGUCUUUUCUAAUGUAGAAUAUUGUACCAUAUUGGCCCUGGAGACUAAGAGAUAACAGUGGAAGAAAAAGUUAGAAUAAGGGAUGGGUGUAAAUGUGUAGAGUUCAAUCAACCUGUGGUAAACAGAAGUACCUGUGACUUUACAAUCGUCUUAGCCCCACCAGGCUCGUGCCACCGUGGCAGUGUUGUUUUUGAAGGGUGAAAGACCAACUUUGUGGUGCAUCGCGUGCUACUGCAUUACUGCCCUUCCAUGCUGUUUAUUUGGGGAGGGCGUGGGGCACCUGAUUACUGCCCUGUUGUUCUAAGGGCACACUUGUGCUGUGUGUGGUACAUUCGGUUCUCCUGCUACGUUCUCUUUACCUGUCUUCAGAGUGUGUUCUUUUCAUCCUGGAACAAAAGAAUCAAGGGCAGAAUCAAGGGCAGCGGAAGACCUGUUAGUUCCCAUACCUCUGCAAGCAUUUCUGAGCUGCUGCUCAAGGCUCCCUGUGUCUUUCAUAGGGUGAAAUUCUUACAUUACUGCUAUAGCAAGUAUGGGAAGUUGAUAGCCUAAAUUGGGCUACAUUUUCCCUUUGCUCUGGAAUUCCACUUUUCCCUCCUUCCCCUAAUUGUGUUGGCCUACAGAGUUAAUUUCUUUGUAUUUUUUUAAGAAAAUAUUAAAAAUGGACUGUCUGAAA